AUGCAGGGUUUGUGGUCCCGCGCUGUUUCGACGCAGUCCUCCUGCCGCUGCGUCGGGUGUCUGAGCACUACCGCAAAUGGGGUCACUUCACGAGCAGCAACUGCUGCCAGACAGAGACGACUUCGAAUUGGCAAUUCCGUUACCGCAUUAUACACCAGCAUUUUCGCUGCCGCCGCCCUUGCUGACGCGAGCGUGAAGGACCGACGCCGGAAUGAUUGGGACGAAAAGAUCGCUGCUGUGAAAGCCGAAGUGAGCGAAUUGGUGGACGAAGAGCAACGGAUUUUGGCAUCAUUACAAUCACGCAGAACAGGCCGAGGACUCGAUCGUCUAAUACAAGCGAGGGGAUUCGGCACUGUCCCACGCUUCCCCCUCGGUCCUCAAUCACCACCCGGCUUCAACCAACCAAUGAGGGCCUUCCACACCGAGAGGGGCAGGUUCAAUGCAGUCGCUGCUCGCAUGGCCGAAAAUCAGGCAGCGGAGAAUGACCCCGAGGUCGACGAAGCCGAUGACAGCGAAAUAUUCCUACCACAAGAGACACUACCCAACUGGGUUUUGGACGAUGAUCUCCGACUUAAGGCCAUACAAAAACUCGCUCUCAGGCAAUUUGCUAUCCGGAUGUUAUUGCGGCCUGCAAUUGCCCAUCGUUACUCUGGAAUUUCCAUGAACUACGCGGCGGAUUUCGAAACUCCCCAGGUCGAUGUCUCACAACUCCUGGAAGAGUUGAACCAUAUUCGCAAUCGCUUGUAUGCGCUCAAGACCGACCCCAGAUCGGUUUUCAGUGAUGUGACAGCAGGUUAUGCUGCAAGUCAACUCGGCGAGAUCCAGCGGGAGCGUGCGAAUCUUGAUGCCGAACUCACUAAUGAUAUUCGCGCAUACACAAGCCAACAGAUGUCUCUGCAGGAAUUAAUCCUGCGGAUAUCAAACAACAUUCUCAGCUCACGGGAUCCAGAUCGACCCACAGCCUUUAGGCACAUGAUCAUUGCAUUUGGCCGGACACGUCAAAAUGAUCUCGUCGAGAUGCUUCUGCGCACAUUACUUCCCAAUCGGUUUUACCUCAACCCUUCCCUUGUGAUAACAAUCGUCACGUUCUUCAGAAAAUCAAAGAAUCUGAAGGAUUUCGAUCUAUUCUUGAAGAUGCUGGGUGGAGAUGGCUACUCCGUGAAUUUGGGGAGCAGGGGCGUUUAUAAGCACAGAACGGUCAACGGACUGGAUAUCAUCGUCCCACCGCUGAACAGCACUAAUCCUGUGAUAUAUGCCGCUUUGAUCGGCGCUGCGCUGCGUUUUGACCAACCUGAGCGAGCUGACGCUUGGCUCCAGGCUGCGCGGAGUGGGGGCUUCUUUGAUAGCUGGGAGACUCUCUUCACAUAUCUUCGCUUCUACAGCCUUCGACGUGACUGGGAGAAGGGUUCGAAUGUUUUAAAAAGAGCCGUCACCUACCUUGUGUCAUCAACCGAUCACCGUCUCGACUCCGUAGAGAGAUUACUGGCGCGAAUGGUUGGCCUUUGCGAUUCCUGUAAUCGACUCGAUGCAUCCGAUGCCCUUGUGAAAGCCGCUGUACACAGUGGAUUCGACCCAACGCUUUUGUCACGGCAGACAGACGCAGCACCGUUUGUCCACACGGACCCCAAUCGAUGGUUCAAAGCUGCCAAAACAACUCCAGCAGAGAACAUUGACCGCCCGUUGUGGCAGAAGUGCUUUGACUUCUCCAACACCUUUGGCGAAUAUCUGUGUGAAGCUGGAAUACCAGCAGAGAACACAUUCACCCAACAGAACGCCAGGCUAGCCAACCAACAUGCGGACAACGCCAUGUCUGCCGCCCUUGGACACCGUCAAGCCCCCAAAGGCAAUAGCCAAGGACCGCAAGGCAACACAUCAAAUGACGACAUCUCCAACCUGAAAGAUGAAGUAGCUCACCUCCGCGAGCUCGUUUAUGAACUUCGCAAACAUCACAUCUCCACCUCUUUAUCCACCGAGUCCCCUGGUGCGGCCAGCGAAAAGCCUGUUGCUCCUUCUUCCGAAAAGCCCACACCUAUCAAGAUGUCACACAACAAGGGCGCUUCUGCUAACCGGACUUUCACUACAUCAUCGACCAAGAUCAGUCUGAACAAAUCACAAACAUCAUCCCCGUCUACCCAGAUACCCCCAAAACGCAACACGCGGCAAGGAAACCGCGCAACCCACGCAUCCGUGGGCAACAACACAGCUCCUAUCGCUGAGUCUUCAGCAUUCGCCACCUCUCAAAUGUGA